CAAAUAUCAUAUAUCCAACUUUAAAAAAUAUUGCAGUAAUUUUUUUUUCUACGAGUUAAAUAAGUUUUAAGUUAGUUGAACAAAAAAAACACUGACUCAAGUUGAAUUGGAGAGUCUAAUUGGAAUGGUUAAAGGAGGGAGGCGUACGUGCAAUUAGCUGAAAGUCGGGGGAAUCAAGGUAUAAUCUUUUUCUUAUAAAAGCCAUCACUCCCGCGUCCCCUCCAUGAGGCUUUUCUGACUUGAAGGCGAAAAGAAGAAGGUUAGUCUUCUUUCAGCCGAGAUUGGUGGGCCCUAAAUUUAAACAGCUGGGCCAAUAGACAACACGUAACGGUGAAGGAAACGGGAAAUUAGUUAUGGAAAUAUCCGGACUCGUAAAACUCUCACAUUGCACGCCUCCCUAUAAAAGUAUAAAACCCUAAAAUCUUUCCAUUUUUAUAUCUCCCACCGCCUCCCAUCUCUCAAGAAUCUCUGGCCUCAUCGGCGAUCUCAUGUUCUUCAUGGUGUGACUUAAUAGUUCGAUCGAUAGUAUGGACUCCAAUCAUCAGUCUGCCUUGGCUUCCAUGGAAGGUUUGUCAGUGCCCGAUAAUUUGAUUUUUGCUUGGCAAACGAAUGCUUUCGAUGUUUUUCCUAAAUCUUUAUCAGGACUCUGUGCUUUUUUGUGCUUUUUCUUGGAUUUAUGCUUCGAGUUGGAUUUUACGAUAUUUUGCACAGCAAAAAGUUCGAGUAGGUACGACUUCAUUCGUCUGUUUUCCUCCGUUUUGAUCUCCUAUACGUAUAUUUUGUUGUCUAAUUAAACAUUUCGAGUAUAUUUAUAAAUAUUUCAGAUGUUACGAAUCGAAUUGAGCAUGCCAUUAGCCUACAGAGUCAGGGGAUAAUGAGGUCGAAAUUUUCACUUUUUCUUAAACUGUUUUUAGAUGUGGAAAUAGCUGACAUAUCUAAAUUUUCAGGUUUACUGUUAAAUAUAUUAACGAUUGAUUUACCACAUCUUGAUGAUUUGCUACAUGCGCUUAUUCUUAUCACGGAACUUGCAAUAAACCGCCAUUCCUUUUUGAUUCUCAUACUUUGGUUUUACUGUGCCAUGCUGGAAAAUUUUUGCAGAGUUAAUGGUCUGUAUUCCAAAAUUUGGGAGAUAUUAUGUAGGUUGCUGAGGAAGUUGCAUGUUAUAUUUUCGUUGGCAUGCCAAAAAAAUUCUUGAAGGCUUGAAGUUAUAUUUCAUAAGGUUCUCUACAGUUGUGACUGCACGAUAAAUUCUCGGAGAUUUUCAAAAAGUCUAUAGGAUCUGGUUUUGUCUUGUGUCAGAUUGCUUCUUCCAUAGUGAUGGUUCUGUCUACGCUAUCCACUAGUGCUGUGCAUAAUGGCACGCCUUUUCUGAAACCUUCUCCAAGUUUUUUGAGCAAAGGCCAUAUGAGAAGUAGUCAAGAGUCUAUAUUUGCUGAUUCAAAUCUUGCUGUUAACCAACCAGUCUUUGUCAACUUACGUGCUGCUUCCACUGAUCCACAACAUUAUGCAUUCUCUGCUACAAGUCCCUUGCAACCAGAUUAUUUGAGAAAAUUGCUACCGAGGAGUCACAGUCGAUGCUAUUCUGUUGACAUCAAAAAGUCAUCAGUUUCGAUUGGAAACAAGUUCCCACUUGAUGACGUUAUUGAGUCUCAACAGUUUGACAGGGAUAUACUAAAUGAUAUAUUUGAAGUGGCUCUUGAAAUGGAAAAGAUUGAGAAGAAUUCAUCUAGGAGAAAGAUAUUGAUGGGCUAUCUGAUGGCUACUCUAUUUUAUGAACCAUCAACGCGGACUAGACUUUCCUUUGAAUCUGCCAUGAAACGGUUGGGUGGAGAAGUUCUGACAACAGAAAAUGCUCGAGAAUUUUCUUCAGCAGCUAAAGGGGAAACUCUUGAAGAUACUAUAAGAACUGUUGAAGGUUAUGCAGAUAUAAUUGUAUUGAGACACUUUGAAAGUGGAGCUGCUAGAAGAGCAGCUUCUACAGCUAGCAUUCCUAUAAUAAAUGCUGGGGAUGGUCCUGGACAGCACCCAACUCAGGCUCUAUUGGAUGUGUACACAAUCAAAAGAGAAAUAGGCAGACUGGAUGGAAUUACACUUGGUUUGGUUGGAGAUCUUGCAAAUGGGAGGACUGUUCGGUCGCUGGCUUAUCUAAUCGCCAAGUACCAAAACAUAAAGAUAUACUUUGUCUCACCUGAUGUUGUAAAGAUGAAGGAUGAUAUAAAAGACUACUUGACAUCUAUGGGUGUUGGAUGGGAAGAAAGCACUGAUCUAUUGGAAGUGGCUUCGAAAUGCGAUGUUGUUUAUCAGACACGCAUACAACGAGAGAGAUUUGGUGAGAGGAUAGACCUAUAUGAAGCUGCUCGUGGGAAGUACAUAGUGAAUAGAAAGGUACUGGAUGUGCUGCCAAAGCAUGCCGUUAUCAUGCAUCCUCUUCCAAGGCUCGAUGAGAUAACAGUGGAUGUGGAUAGUGACACCAGAGCUGCAUAUUUUAGACAAGCCAAGAAUGGCCUCUAUAUUCGGAUGGCCCUACUGAAGCUUCUACUUCUUGGCUGGUGAAGGCAUCUCAGCUGAUUAAUUAUGAUGGUUCCUCCAUUUUCUUUUCUUUCUUCUUUUUUUUUUUUGGCUAGAUCAUUCUACCGAUGGGUUUCCCAUUUCCAAUUUUUCCAGUUUCUAGUUAUCUAAUGGCCAUCAAAAGUUGGUUAUUGGGUCGAUACUAAUUUUUGCCAAAUGGUUACCUACAAGUAUGAUCAUGAUUUCGCUGCUAGUCUUUUAUAUAGUUGAUGCCGCUUAGCUUCAUCCAGCCAGAAUCAGGGAAAUUGCAUGCUAUGAAUUUAUUUGUUCAACAUCCAAGAUAUUCUCAGCUUAGAAGAUCGUUUCACUGCAAAAAAGAAAGAAGCUUGCGUCCUCUCUUUCUCAUCUUUUCUGUUUAAGCCAUUUGGCCCUUUCUGAAGAAGUGACGUUUUUACAAUCAUUACCUUUAAGCAUAUUAUCCA